AAAACGCGUAUGUAAUGCAGUUUUCAUGCAAGUUGAUUUUUUUGUUAAUCUCGCAUUUUGAAUUACUUCGUAAACCCUUAGAAUAAUUAUUUUCCAACGAUUUCCUCUGAUUCGUUAUCCCCACCGAAACAUAAACUCAGAUUCUGAACGUUUGAGUGUUAAAUUAGCCCACCUGAGUAUCAACAAAGGGAGAACCUGGAAGAAUGGAGGAUAUAUUCUUUGAAAAGCAAGAAGGCUCCUUGUGUGCCCAGCACUGCCUCAAUGCCCUCCUGCAGGGUUCGUACUUUACUGCUGUUGACCUAGCCACCUUGGCGAAUACCCUGGAUGAAGAUGAACGACAGCAGAUGGCUGAGAGCGGCGUUGAUACUGAAGAAUACCGCCGAUUCCUGGAGCAACCCUCUGGAAACAUGGAUGACAGCGGCUUCUUUUCGGUCCAGGUCUUGAGCAAGGCGUUGCAGGUGUGGGCACUUGAUCUAGUGCCGUAUAACAGUCAACAGGAGCUUUCCCUCCAAGCACAAAGUUCACCUCAUACUAUGCAAGCUUUUGUCUGCAACUAUCGAGAGCACUGGUUCACCUUGAGGAAGAUCGGCCAUCAGUGGUUCAACCUAAACUCAAUUCAGUCCAAACCUACGCACAUCACUGAAACCUACUUAGCCCUCUAUUUGAAACAGCUCCAGCAGGAAGGUUACUCAAUUUUCAUUGUGCUGGGCGAGUUUCCAGCAUGCAAAGCUGAUGAGACGCUCCUUCUCAAUCCAUACGUUCCCAGCAGCAGCAGUAGCAGCAGCACAAACACUCCUCGCAGGACUGCCAGGAGCCGUAGCGAGGAAGAGGAUGAGGAGCUGAGGAGAGUGAUCCAGAUGAGCUUAGAAGAAACUGACGAGCCAAUUGUGGUGGAAGGUGUUGCAGUUGAGAAAAGCAGCACCAGCAGUGAAGAUCAGGAUUUGCAGCGCGCGCUCGCAAUGAGUUUAGGAAAUGAUAAGACUGAGAAACAGGAAGAAACAGUGAAAUCUGGACAGCAGGAACAGCAGCUAGUGGACCCUGAAGAGGUGAGGCGUAAGCGACUAGCUUAUCUGGACAAAAUGAACCCCUCGUGAAUGACACCUAUGCAUUUUUUUAUUGUAUUUUGAACUCAUUUCGCGUUCCUGGUCAUUGAUUCUUUUCAACGGUGCUUUUGAAGCACGAUUUUUUUCAUUGAGAAAGGAACCUUUUUGUUCAACAUCAACGGAAACUAAAGUGUUGCUAUAAAUAGGAAAGAGUUAAUUUAUUAUGUUUUGAAUAAUAUUAAUUAAUAGGAAGAAGCGAUAUUUCACAUUUAUAAUAAUAAUAUAUAAUCUAUAUAUAUU